GUUUUACAAAGUGUUUGUCAGAGUCCCCCUCAGUCCUGAGCACUUUGAGAAACAGAUAGGGGACAAGGAGGGCGAGCCUUGUUUCAGAUUACUGUGAAGAUUUGUCCAUUUUUGACCAUGCGUGCGGUGCUAGUCUUCCUCUUGUCUGCCCUCAUUCCCCUCUCUUACUGCCAAUCAUAUGACCCCUUCGCCUGGCUGUACGGCCCGCAUAGCCACAGAUUUGCCUCCCUGCUGGGAAACACCAAUGGAGGGCAGUGCCCAGAUGAGUGUGACUGUCCCCCCACCUUCCCAGUCGCCAUGUACUGUGACGGGCGGGGCCUGACAGCCAUGCCCACAAUCCCCUCCCGUGUAAAGUACUUGUACCUGCAGAACAAUGCCAUCACAGCUGUGCCAGACUCAGCUCUCGUAAACGCAACCAAUCUGGUGUGGCUCAUGAUGCACGGCAACCAGCUGACAUCUGGCUCCAUUGGCGAGAAGGCCUUUAUGCAGAUGGAGGGACUAGAGCGCUUGUAUCUACAGUACAACAAUCUGACAGCCUUUCCCUCCAACCUCCCUCGCACCCUGCGAGACCUCAGAAUCGACCACAACAAGAUUGAAAAGGUAACAACUGCAGACUUGGAGGGAAUGGAUAACCUCACCAUCCUGUAUCUCCAUGACAACUCUGUCACAGACUUGGGCUCAUCACUGAAGUCACUCAAAUCCCUCACGCUGCUGGACAUCAGCGACAACAAGUUGACAAAGGUCCCAGAGGCACUCCCCGAGCAUCUGCACCAGCUCUACAUGCAGUUCAACUCCAUUGAUUCUCUGCCAGACGGCUUCCUGGGCAGUUUCUCUCAGCUACAGUACAUCAGGAUAGCUCACAAUCAGCUGACAGACAAGGGCAUCCCUGCCAACGCGUUCAAUGUGACCGGGCUGGUGGAGCUGGACCUGAGCUACAACAAACUGGAGAGAAUCCCCCCUGUGAGCACCACCCUGCAGCAUCUGUACCUGCAGGCCAACCAGAUCAAAGAGUUCACUCUGGGCAGUUUCUGCAGCGUUGUGGAUGUGACCAACUUCUCCAAACUACAGACGUUGCGACUGGAUGGAAACGAGAUCAGUCGCGAGGACAUCCCGACAGACUCAGCCCUCUGCUUGCGCCUGGCCAACAACAUCGAGGUCUAACUGUGCCUAUGAAAUAAUGUGUGGCCCUUUUCAGCAUGCACCAACAGUUAGACACAUUAUACGUGUGACUUGCCAAAACUAAAAAACAGCAGGGGCGAUUGCAUAAUUGAAUAAUAACAGCAGGUGCCAGCAGUUAUUAAUCCACUUUUCACAACAGAUAUUUUA